GAGGCGUGGGAGCGAGGGGCACGGAGGACGCGGGCCCGGACUGCGGGGGCAGCUUGAGGGAGACCGACGGGCGGCUUAGAAGCCGGCAGGAAUUCGGAUGCGGGUUGAGUUCGGAAUGGAGUGGAGAUGAUGCCCAAACACGCAGCUGACUGCCAUCCAUUCCUUUUAGUGCCAUGUUCUUGAUUCAUCCUUUUAAAGGGGUUUAGAGUGGCAGUGUGACACACAAACCGUUCUUCAGUAUGAAACGUUAGAAGUUAUCCCUAAGAGACACAGUGUCCCCUUGUCCUGCAGUUUUCAGUUCAAGAAUCCUAAUGCACCUGGCUGACUGACUGGUGGUGAGCAGGGGCUUUGGGGCCAACGUGGUGGGCUUCCCAAGGAAACCCCUUUGAAACCAAUGGAUGCAUUCACGGGCUCGGGUCUCAAGAGGAAGUUUGAUGAUGUGGAUGUGGGUUCAUCAGUUUCCAACUCCGAUGAUGAGAUCUCCAGCAGUGACAGCGCUGACAGCUGCGACAGCCUCAAUCCUCCCACAACUGCCAGCUUCACACCCACAUCCAUCCUGAAGCGGCAGAAGCAGCUGCGGAGGAAGAAUGUGCGCUUUGACCAGGUGACUGUGUACUACUUUGCCCGGCGCCAGGGUUUCACCAGCGUGCCCAGCCAGGGCGGCAGCUCUCUGGGCAUGGCCCAGCGCCAUAACUCUGUACGCAGCUACACGCUCUGUGAGUUUGCUCAGGAGCAGGAGGUGAACCAUCGGGAGAUUCUUCGUGAACACCUGAAGGAGGAGAAACUCCACGCCAAGAAGAUGAAGCUGACCAAGAACGGGACAGUGGAGUCGGUGGAGGCCGACUGCCUGACAUUGGAUGAUGUUUCAGAUGAAGAUAUUGAUGUGGAAAACGUGGAGGUGGAUGAUUACUUCUUCCUGCAGCCUCUGCCCACCAAACGGCGACGGGCCCUGCUGAGGGCUUCUGGGGUCCACCGCAUUGAUGCUGAAGAGAAGCAAGAACUUCGAGCCAUCCGACUGUCGCGGGAAGAGUGUGGUUGUGACUGUCGACUGUAUUGUGACCCGGAAGCGUGUGCCUGUAGCCAGGCUGGGAUUAAAUGCCAGGUGGAUCGCAUGUCCUUUCCAUGUGGCUGCUCCCGGGACGGCUGUGGGAACAUGGCUGGGCGCAUUGAAUUCAACCCGAUCCGGGUCCGGACUCAUUACCUCCACACCAUCAUGAAGCUGGAGCUGGAGAGCAAGCGGCAGGUGAGCCGCCCGCCAGCCCCAGACGAGGAGCCCUCCCCCGCUGCCAGCUGCAGCCUGGCGGCAACACAGGGCUCAGAGACACAGGACUUCCAGGAGUUCAUCGCUGAGAAUGAGACGGCGGUGCUGCACCUGCAGAGUGCAGAGGAGCUGGAGCGGCUCCAGGCCGAGGAGGACUCGAGUGGCUCCAGUGCCAGCCUGGACUCCAGCAUAGAGAGCCUGGGCGUGUGCAUCCUGGAGGAGCCCCUGGCUGUUCCCGAAGAGCUGUGCCCAGGCCUGACAGCCCCCAUCCUCAUCCAGGCUCAGCUGCCCCCAGGCUCCUCCGUGCUGUGUUUUGCUGAGAACUCGGACCAGCCAACUGCCUCAGCCGUGAACAACCCAUCCUACUUGAACAGUGGGCCCCUGGUCUACUACCAGGUGGAGCAGAGGCCAGUCCUGGGGGUGAAAGGAGAGCCUGGUACGGAAGAAGUCCCGCCCUCGUUCCCCAAGGAGAAGGAUCUGAGUGUCUUCUCUCUCCCGGUUACCUCACUGGUGGCUUGUGGCCCCACAGACCCGGCUGCCCUCUGUAAGUCAGAGGUGGGGAAAACAUCCACUCUAGAAGCGCUAGUGCCCGAAGAUCGUAACCCCGAGGAGCCUGAGGAUGAAGACUUCCGCCCCUCUUGGUCCCCCUCAAACCUCCCCUUGCGCACGGACAAUGACGAGGGCUGUGUGGUGGAGAAGACUGCACAGCAGAGUGAGGACCGGCCCCCUGAAGAGCCUUCCCUGGAGCUCCCUCUGGCAGUGUGACACGGGGAUGGAGAUUAUGCCUCUUACCCAUUCUCUAUUUAUUCCCUUAUUUUAUCUAACACCAUUUCAAAAACAAAACUGUAGAAGCA